CACGUGACUUUGUUCUAUUUAAACUCAUCGAUAUGUACAUUUGACUAACAACUCGGGAUAGUACACUUUUUGGAGGAAAGUUUUCACUAGACUUUACACCGUUGCUCAUCGACAGAGAGUUACAUCGAAAAAGAGAACAGUGAGGACAAGUGAUGAGGACGCUCAGCUAUGUGGGUUUGCUAGCGGCUGUUCUGUCCAACUGGGUGUAUGGAGGUGCUCUGGCGGACGACCUUACCGACUGGUGCCUCGACAACCAGGCUGCGUGUAAUGGAAUCUUUGCUGCAGCUUCAGGAGCCGAUGAGGACACUAAAGACAAAAGAACAUUCCUGCGCUUCGGACGUGCACUCGCCGGAGAUGCUUUCUUCAGAUUUGGUAGAAAUCCAGUCCAGUUUGAGGACAAGCGUUUUCUCAGAUUCGGCAGAAACGGUGGAGGUGAAGGAGUAGGUGAACUGCUGAGACAUGCUCUGAACAAGGUUGAAAGUCUAGAGCGAGCAACAGGGUUGAAAUUAAGACGAAAGCGUUCUGCAGAACCUAUACAGCCAGUUAAGAACGUCGACGAAAUUGUAGAGGCAAGUAAACAAUCGGCAGAUGCAAAAGAUACAGAGAAAAAGAAACGCGAUGCAGAUGAUACGAAUGAAAACAAGGAGAAACGCUUCAUGCGCUUCGGACGUACCCCCGACGACUCUACCUCAGAUACGAGCGGCGAUGAAGAGAUGAAGAAACGUUUUAUGCGAUUUGGUCGAUUUAUGCGAUUUGGAAAAAGCGGUGACGAAAAACGCUUCAUGAGAUUUGGUAAAAAAUCCGAUGAUGAGAUGGAAGCUGAUAAACGGUUUAUGAGAUUCGGUAAGAGAUCAGAUGAUGAAAUUGGGGCUGAUAAACGGUUCAUGAGAUUCGGUAAAAGAUCAGACGAUGAGAUGGAAGCUGAUAAGCGGUUUAUGAGAUUCGGUAAAAGAUCAGACGAUGAAAUUGGGGCUGAUAAACGCUUUAUGAGAUUCGGUAAAAGAUCAGACGAUGAAAUGGGAGCUGACAAACGGUUUAUGAGAUUCGGUAAGAGAUCAGACGAUGAAAUUGGGGCCGAUAAACGGUUUAUGAGAUUCGGUAAAAGAUCAGACGAUGAAAUGGGAGCUGACAAACGGUUUAUGAGAUUCGGUAAGAGGUCAGACGAUGAAAUGGAAGCUGACAAACGCUUUAUGAGAUUCGGUAAAAGAUCAGACGAUGAAAUGGGAGCUGACAAACGCUUUAUGAGAUUCGGUAAAAGAUCAGACGAUGAAAUGGGAGCUGACAAACGCUUUAUGAGAUUCGGUAAGAGAUCAGACGAUGAGAUGGAAGCUGAUAAACGGUUUAUGAGAUUCGGUAAAAAAUCAGACGAUGAGAUGGAAGCUGACAAACGCUUUAUGAGAUUCGGAAAAAGAUCAGACGAUGAAAUAGAUGCAGACAAACGAUUCAUGAGGUUUGGACGUGACUCUCAAGCAGAUAAACGCUUUAUGCGAUUUGGUCGUGACGGCGCUGAACAGAAACGGUUUAUGCGAUUCGGGAAGAAAUCUGAUUCUGAAAGCGAUGCAGAGAAGGAAAAACGGUUUAUGAGAUUCGGUCGCGACGGAACUGACAUGGAAAAACGAUUCAUGAGAUUUGGAAAGAAAUCUGAUGAAACAGAUAGUGAUAUGCAAGAAAACAAACGUUUUAUGAGAUUCGGUCGCGACAACAAUCAGGAUAAACGAUUUAUGAGAUUUGGAAGAUCUGGACAAAAUGAAGACAAGCGUUUUAUGCGUUUUGGCCGCUCAGGCCAAUUAGAAGAUAAACGUUUCAUGCGUUUUGGACGUUCAGGAGAAACACAGGAUAAACGCUUCAUGCGAUUUGGACGUUCGGACAGUUCUGGUGAUAGUGAAGCAGAAAAACGAUUUAUGAGAUUCGGAAGAUAGACCAAAAAAUUAAAAACUAUACAAUAGGGUACCACAUCUAUGCUUAUGAGCCAAAAUAUCACGUGACAGAAAAGAGUUGAUACGUUGUUAUUAUACUGUAAAUAAAUUGAUAAUGUAUAUACAGAUUGUGAUUGUUCUUUCCGGAAAGAACACAUAUAUUGAUAUUACUAUGAGAUAUGUUAACAGAAUAUUAUUUUCAUAUGUAUAUUUAUCUUUUGAAACUGCUCAGUAUUCUUAGGGGUUGGCGUAUAGGGGCCCGUUCACCAAAACAAAUGGGUUUCUGUGUGUAAUUUAUAUUGUGUUUCAGCAUUUUGUUGAUUUUGUUGUUUUGUUCUUAAUGUUUAUUGAACAGAAUGUAAUAUUGAAUAAAAUUGAUCAGAACAACAUGGAAA